AGUCAAUAAGCUCCAACAGAGCCAAACAGAGCCAAAGGAACUUGUAUAUAUACUUGUAUCUGACUCAUUAUUCAGUUAUGUGAAUUCAUUCCUUUUCAUUCCUAGAUCUACUUUGUCUUUCUUCUAACUGAAUUCCAACUAACUCAACAUGGUAUCACUCGCAUAAGAUCCUCUUCGCUUCCGCUUCCACCGUAAUGCCACCGCGCGUAGCUCCUCCGCCGCCGGCGGAUCCCUCUUCCGAUCCAUCAUCUCCUUACUAUGUCCAUUCCAGUGACGGCCCCUCCUCCGUCAAAGUCACACCUCUUCUCACCGGUGCGAAUUAUCAUUCCUGGGCGCGUUCAAUGCGUCGUGCUCUCGGUGCCAAACUCAAAUUUGAGUUCCUCGACGGUACAAUUCCGACGCCGGCUGAUGCGUUCGAUCCAUCGUAUCGUUCUUGGAACCGUUGCAACAUGCUCAUUCAUAGUUGGAUCAUGAACUCUGUGGAUCCAUCAAUCGCUCAAUCGAUUGUCUUUCUGGAGAACGCUUCUGAUGUCUGGAUCGAUUUGAAAGAGAGGUUCUCACAAGGCGAUCUUGUUCGCGUCUCCGAGCUUCAACAAGAGAUUUACGCACUCACACAAGAUUCUCGAUCGGUAACUUCUUUCUACUCUGAUCUGAAAACUCUUUGGGAAGAACUUGAAAUUUACAUGCCGAUUCCUAAUUGUACUUGCCGCGUUCGAUGUUCUUGUGAUGCUAUGCGCGUUGCUCGCAAUAAUCACCAUAUGCUUCAAGCCAUGCGUUUUCUAACCGGUUUGAAUGAUAAUUUUAGUGUUGUUAAGUCUCAGAUUUUGCUUAUUGAUCCACUACCUCCUAUGACAAAGAUAUUCUCUAUGGUGCUCCAAUUUGAACGUCAAAUUUGUUCUUCCAAUCUUGAUGAUUCGAAAGUUCUUGUUAAUGCUUCUGAUGGAAAAUCUAAUAGUUCUGGUUAUGGAAGAUCUGCUUCCUCUUCCUCAGGUUCCAAACGUUAUUGUACUUACUGUCAUAAGUCUAAUCACUUUGUUGAAAACUGCUUCAAGAAGCAUGGAGUUCCACCUCAUAUGAUGAAACAUUACCAAGGUUCUGCUAAUAGCGCUGCAACUGACGGGGGUGAAUUUGGUAAUAGUUCCUCAGCUGCAUCACAUGAUACCAAAGACAGUGCCACAGUUCCUUCUCUCACUCAGGAACAAUUUGAUAAACUACUGAGUUUAAUUCAACCUUCAUCUGUUAGCCAUGGUUCAAAUCCUGCUACUUCCAAUCAGGUUAGCUCAUUCCAAUCUGCUGGUCAUUCAUCAGCAGGGAAACAAGGUAUAAUCCUAACCAAUUAUUCUUAUUCUUUGACUUGUCAUAACAUUACUCUUGACACUUGGAUCAUAGAUUCAGGUGCUAGUCAUCACAUAUGUGCCUCACUACAUUGGUUUCAUUCUUACAGUGAAAUCAAUCCCAUGAUAAUCAAAUUACCUAAUGGUAAUCAUGUUACCACAAAAUAUGCAGGCACAAUUGUGUUUUCAACUGUUUUUAGUCUAACUGGUGUUUUAUAUGUCCCUGAAUUCAAUAUCAAUUUGAUUUCUGUUUCCAAUCUAUGUCACAAUGCACAUUGUUUAAUAAGGUUCACUGGCACUUCUUGUAUCAUUCAGGAGCAGAAAUCACUGAAGAUGAUUGGUUCAGCUGAAAGAAAAGAUGGAUUAUACUACUUAGUCCAGACAAAUGAAGGUUGCACUUCUUCAAGCCAGCAUACUUCUACACUUUCAGUUUCUGCAAAUAAUGUCAGCCUACCUGAUAGUGCUCUUUGGCAUUUUAGUGUCUGCAAAGAAACUUUGGAGACUAUGUCAGAGUCGGACGAUGAAGUCAUGCAUGAGGAAGUCAUGUAUGAGGAGAUGAUUAUGGAAAUAAUCAAAGUCGAAGUCAAUUGCAAAAAAGCCCUUGCAAUAAUUAAUAAAUCAAUACAGGAAUCGAAUAACCAGGAACAUCAAUAUUUGUUGGAAUUAAAGGCCCGCGUCUUAUGGUAUAUGAAAAAACGUGAUAAUGGUGUAUUGAGUGCUUUGGGGGAACUGUUUGAUUCCGGGGUUGAAUUCAGAUUCCCAGUGACAUACCUUGUGUAUGGAGCUUCCUCGCACGUUAAAGAAGGUUCUGAAUCUCAACUAAAGAUCUAUAGGCUUGGAUUAGAGCAAGCUGAGAAGAAAGAUGACAAGAUGGUGGAUGAAUUCAAACAGAGACUUCAACCUCUGGAGGAAGCAGCACAUAGGAAGUUAGAGAAGUCAAAGAGGAAGAUGAGGCGCGGGAUGAAUGUGGAAAAGCAGGAGGAAGAGGAAGUUCAAACACCUGUUAAAGAUGUAGAACUGCAAACUGUCGUAGAUGUGACGGCGUCCGAGCAAAGCGUCUUAGAGGAAAAGAAAAAGAAUGAAGAUGAAAUUUUUCCUUUCCAGUUCGAUUGCCAUUUCAAGUUCACCAUGGUUGGCAAAUUAAAAAAUCAAUGUUAUACGGGGAUACAAUAUAUAGGGGAGGUUGAAGUAGAUAAAUCCUUUGUUGCUGCUACUAAAUGUCAAUUGAGCUAUUUUAAGGAACUUUAUUAUCAAUGUUCACGACACCAGAGCCUUUUGACUGUGGAAUCUAUUGUUCAACAUCCCGCUGAUGGGACUGACUUACUUGUAUGUGAAGUGGUCCAAACUUUAAAUGAUUAUUUUGAGGAGCAGAAACUUGAUGGGGCAGAAGUGACUGAAACUCAGUGGUGGGAACAUAUCUCUGAGAAAUUUCGAAGAAUUUUUAGAGAUGUGAUUCAAGGGAUGAUGUUCUUAUACUCAGCAACUGAUUAUGAUUGUGGGGACUUGUCAUUCAAUGUGUUUGUUACAAAAAGUGGCAGAGGGAAGAUUUUGCCAAGCAUGGUUAAGAGAACUGGAACGAAACAAACUGUAGAUCAUAUCAAAAUACUCAAAGAUUUAAUGAAGACAGUCAUUGCUUUUCCAUUCAGUGGCAUUACAGAAAGUUUGGAGCUCCCACUUGAACUACGAAGGUUUUUGGAUUUUGAACAUUCGAGAUGUUUCAGUCCGGCUUGGUUUGUGAUUAAUUGUCCCUUUUUCUGGACCGUGGAAGAACGGAUCCAAUUUGCGCAUGAGCUAAAGAUGUUGAUCAAGCUUAAUCUGAAGUUUAGAUAUACGAUUGAAGCAUGUCUUGAGGAUGCAAAUUUGUUUUCUAAUUGGAAUGAUGUUGUUGAUGGCAUUUAUAAGAAGAUACUGAACUAUCAUGGACCAACAACCUCAAAUGCUGAAGAUGAUGAUGCAGAUGAAUCAGCAGCACAUGCAAAAUCCAAAGGUAUGACAUUACUAACUUUCUGCAAUAAAAUUCUGAACACACCUCAUGUUACAAAGUUUUGCGUUAAUAACAAACUGCUGCAUAGGAUCUAUAGGUUUAUUUUAAUCUUCAUUCCCAGGGGUCCUUAAUUUCUUUCUAAGUAACAUGCUUAUGAGAUUCUAAGAUAUUAGUACUAUAUGCAUAUACUUUCAUCAAUAUUUAAAAAAAUAAAUAUUAUAUACCAAAAGAUCAUUUAUAUAUCAUCUACUAGAAACAUACAAAAGGCUGUGCAUAUUAGCCUAUACAACUACUGCCACAUAUUGGUUCAUAUAAAAGUACCAC